GUGUCGCUGCUUUAGUCGGAAAAGAUGGGGAGGAGCGAACAAGACACCGCCUCGAUCUGCCCGAGAGGGAAAGGUCGGCCCUGGUCUGGUGCAAAAGUUGAUUAUGGCUAUUUCCAGCCUUGUCUGGCAUUGUCCAUUUCAAUACAUUUGGACCGUACCCAGGUUGGCUAUCAGAUGCCAGAGAAAAACCUUGAGUGUGUGGACUAGGGCUGUCGCUCAAUCUAGAAUCAAGAAGAAAGCCGCAGAACCAUCGAAGAACCUUGUGCCCAUGCCAUCUCUCCAAUGUAGCCUCAGCAACAUAGCCAAGAGAAGUCUGCACACCAGCCAGCUUCACCUCCAGGAAGUGAUGCUCACCGGAGAACGGUAUGGGGUAGAGAGGCUGCCCUUUGCCCAUAUUUCUGACUCUGAUUUAAUUUUCUUUGAGCACCUUUUGCCUGGGAGGGUCAUCACUGAUGCAGAGGAGCUCAAGCCUUUCAAUGUGGACUGGCUGAAGUCUGUCAGAGGCUGCAGUACAGUACUGCUAAAGCCACGGACAACAGUGGAAGUAUCUCAGAUUCUCAAAUACUGCAAUGAGAAGAACUUGGCUGUGAAUCCUCAGGGGGGCAAUACUGGCCUCGUUGGUGGCAGUGUUCCUGUCUUUGAUGAGAUCAUUCUUUCUACAGCACUUAUGAACCAGAUCAUCAGUUUUGACAAUGUUUCUGGAAUCCUGAUUUGCCAGGCUGGCUGCAUUUUAGAAAACCUCAACCAAUAUUUGGAGCCAAUAGAUUUUGUCAUGCCUCUUGACCUUGGAGCCAAGGGCAGUUGCCACAUUGGAGGAAAUGUAGCUACAAAUGCAGGGGGCUUGCGCCUCCUGAGGUAUGGGUCUCUUCGAGGGACAGUUCUUGGAUUAGAAGUGGUGCUGGCGGAUGGCUCUGUCCUGAACUGUUUGGCAUCUCUGCGGAAAGACAAUACUGGCUAUGACUUGAAGCAGCUUUUCAUUGGCUCAGAGGGGACUCUGGGGAUUGUCACGGCUGUGUCCAUCCUUUGUCCACGGAAACCAAAUGCUGUGAAUCUGGCAUUUCUUGGUUGCCCAAGUUUCUCUCAGGUCCUGAGAACCUUCACAAUCUGCAAGGGUAUGCUGGGAGAGAUUCUGUCUGCCUAUGAGUUCAUGGACAAUGAAUGCAUGAAGUUGGUAGAGAGACAUCUGAAACUGACCAAUCCAGUAGCAGAAAGCCCUUUUUAUGUCUUAAUUGAGACUUCAGGCUCCAAUUCUACUCAUGAUGAGGAAAAACUUAGCCACUUCCUGGAACAUGUAAUGGGCUCAGAUUUGUUGGUAGAUGGAACUCUGGCCUCAGAAGAUAAAAAGAUAAAGGCAUUAUGGGCUUUACGGGAACGGAUCACAGAAGCCCUGACAUGUGAUGGAGUUGUUUAUAAAUAUGACAUUUCACUUCCUGUGGAAAAACUCUAUGAUCUUGUGACUGACAUGAGAGUACGACUGAGUACAGCUGCUAAGAAUGUGGUUGGCUAUGGUCAUCUAGGAGAUGGAAACUUGCACCUGAAUGUCACAGCAGAGUCCUAUAGUCAUUCUCUACUGGAUGCCAUUGAGCCAUAUGUGUAUGAGUGGAUUUCACAAUAUCAUGGAAGCAUCAGUGCAGAGCAUGGCCUUGGUUUCAAGAAAAAGCAGUAUAUCCACUAUAGUAAGCCAAAAGAGGCAGUCCUUCUCAUGCAGCAGUUCAAGGUUAUGUUAGAUCCUAAAGGAAUUUUAAAUCCUUAUAAGACAAUACCGUCAAAGGCUGUAUGAUAAUACUUCUGAAGGAGAUAAUCUGUUUCUUGAAGUAUGGUAUAUCAGGUCUUUUUAUCUAGCUAUAUAAAUAUAUUCUGAAGCCAGAUCUGGAAACUGACUGACAUUGGCUAUUUUUCUAGAGAAGGAAUGAUAAAAUAAUUGAACUGGAUACACUUUCCAGUAUUAUCUACCGCAGCUUUAUUCUCCGAUCUGAAUGAAAACAUUUGCAGCUUUAGGAACACUAUUUUUUAGGGAACUUACAGUAUCUCCAAGAUUCACCUCUCUUCUUGUCCUCAAGGUUUGUUCUUGAAAACAAAUCAGAGUAGGGAACUGUAACCUUCAGUUGCACCACAACUCUAACCUGCCUCAACUGUGAUACAGGGAGGUCAGGGAUAAUGUAGUCCAAUAGCAUUCGGAAGGUCUGAGUCAUCCACCCCUAAAGUGUAACGUGGUUUCUUACGGCAUAAAUGCUAUACAAAUUAAAUAAAAUUUAGCUAUUGUCCACAGUGUUUGGUAACUGCACUUUGUAAGAUGAUCCAGUAUGAAUGCUCAUUUGCAGGAGGACAUCAGGAACAUCUAUGUGAUAACUUCUUCCUUGUGUUGGAAUAGUUUGAUUCAGUACGCAAAGCUUCAGGCAGUUUUUAUAAGGACUCUGUAAAUAAGGCAAUAGCUAACAGGAAAAACCCAGUGCCUGGUUAGUAGAAUACAUUAAGCAUAGGCAUAGAACCCAGGAGUUUAUGUUAAUGGAACUAGUGUAUGUGUUAAACAAUAAAUAAAACCCUGCAAAGAUGAAACAUA